GUUAUUCACAAUAAUACAUCAUUUUCUCAUAUUCUAGGCAUGGGUUAUAGUUGUUAUUGAUUCCGGAGCUCCGGAGUUUGGAUUUAGAAGAAGCAGAAUGCCGCACGGAGCUAUACGGUUUCCAUUUGGAAAGUGUCAUGUUUGUCAGGAUCAGGCAACUGGUGUCCAUUAUGGAGUUGCUACUUGUGAAGGAUGCAAGGGAUUUUUCAAAAGAAGCACAAUAAGGGGAGAGAAGUACAAAUGUUUUUUUGGAGGGCAGUGUGAAAUAACUCCUCAGAAUCGUAAUCGGUGUAAAUCCUGCCGAUUCCGGCUAUGCCUAGAGAGUGGAAUGUCACUAGAGGCUGUGAAGAUGGGCAGGAUCCCAAAGCUGGAAAAAGAGAGAGCUCUGGAACUGGCAAGCCAGGAGGGAAACCUCAUCGAGGAAAUUAACAUAAACAAAAAGGUCAAAGGUCAGAAAAAUAGUGACAGCAAAAACAGUAAAAAGGACUUGCAAGAAACAAAAUUGUUUUACAACUCCAACACAGCUCAGAUGGGCCAGGAGUCAUCUUUCAGCAUUGCUAAGGAAAAUCAUCAAAUGUUUUAUCAUUCUGAAGCUGCUGGAAUGCCAAGUAGGUCAUUUAACUGCAUCAGUCCACCAAAUUCAGAAAUGUUCUCUGAUCCAGGGAAGCACAGGAUGGUAGAACAGAAAUCCACGGAUUCCUCCAGUGACUCCUUUAAGAGUGAUCCUUUACUGGAGUGUGCUAGCUCUCCAGAAGACGGCAAUGUCUGGGCACCUCAUCCUUCGUACCCACCAACAGUGUUUGAAUCUAGUCGCAAUAUCAUCCCUUCAACCUCUUCAUCCCUCCCUGAAUCAUUUGGCAUGAGACCCCCAGUUUCCAUUGAAACUUCCACAUGCUUUGCUAAAUUUAAAACAGAAUUCCCUCCAUUCUCCGAUAGUGGCACCCACAGAAACCCAUCUGACAGAACUAGCUCAGGUUCAGUGGAAGAUUGGGACCACCAGAGACCCUGUGGCUCCCAGUCACUUCACAGUAGUAAUCACACAAAUCCUUCUGCCUGCUUCAGCAGUUCCCACAAAGAGAGAAGGGACGUGCAGUGCAGCACCGCCUCGGGUUCAAUGGACUAUGAUGAAAUCAUGAAGGGAAGGUUAUUUCCUACUGCAGAGGUUGGUUCAUUCUAUGAUGACAGAAGAAAUAAUGCUUCUCUCUCUCCAGCCGUGACUAACCCUCAUUAUAACAGUUCCUCAAGUAAUGAAGCUAUGGUAUGGGAGAACGAAAUCCUAGGAAAACUACAACUUAAUGAUAAUAGCUUUAAAACAGAGAUCAACACAUCCGAGGUGUACUCACCCAUUCGGAAUCACUACAAAUAUCUUUGUGAUGUAGAACAGUUUGGAAUGUACAACAGACUCCCUCUUUACAUUCGGACAUUGCAGCAGCUGGAUAUAUGUCAGAGAAAUGGCAUGCUUCUCAAACUCCUGGAGGUACCCUCGGAUAUGAUAGACAAGAUCUGUAAAUCCCUGGCUAUGGAGGAUAAGUAUGCCGUCAGUAAGGAGGGGGUAAACAUGGGUAAGGACUCCACAUUCCUAAUCCAGGGAACCCUCCUAAGACUGAAACAUUCCAUGGAUCUCCUCUGGAAGCCUAUAUGGCUCAUGAGGCAGUUUAUUCGACAAGGACUUUCCAACGAGCCCUGUAGUUUUGAGUUUACUGGUGUUGAGGAGGAAAGUAUGAAGGAAAACUGGCCGGCCCUGAUGCAAUCUGUGGCAUUCUACAAUGAUGUUAUCAUUGGUUUUGCAUUUGCCUGUCCUGGUUUCAGAAAUUUACAGCCUGAUUUGAAGGAAUAUCUUACAAAAAGGGCAUAUUUUGAUAUUUGGGUGUUGACUAUGGCAGACUUCUGCAUUGAUGGUAGAUGCCUUUUUCCUCUUCCAAAUGGAAAAGUCUACACUAAUUGUACUAUGAAAAAAAUUUUGAAAGAAAAGACAUUCAUGGAAAUCCAGAGUGUAUUGGAGAAGAUUAACAAAUGUCAGCUGUGUGAUCUGGAGAUAGGUCUUAUGUGUGCCAUCCUCCUCAUAGAUGCAGAUGAUGACAAUCUAACUGGUAACUCCAACAUGAACCUAGAACCAUUGAGGACUCUACACUCCCAUUACUUAGACAUCCUAGCCACUGUCAUCUCUAAAAUCCACACCACUCAGACCACCAAACGUCUUAGGGACAUCUUCAGCCUCACCCCACUCAUCAAAAAACUCUCCACUCGACUACAACUUCAAAUCACAUCCUACGGAGUAGAGCAGAUUCCUGAUGAAGACUCCUUACAAACCAUUGCCAUGAACACAGAAGCCUCAGUGGAAAAAGUUCAAGCUCUGUGUGAUUAGAGAAUGUGUAGUUAAAUACGCCGCCCAAGAAUCAGUCCAACAGGUGAAGCAUUACAGGAUCCAUGUCUGAUCUCUUACAGAAAUCCACAUCCAAACACUGGCUGUACAUUGGGUUCUUUGUGAUAUAACUCUGUCUGUCUGUCUGUGAGAGAAGUGGCUGUUAACUCUGAUUAACAGUUCAGUAGAUGUCAUCAUAUUGAUUUCUUGUUUGUCUGAGUAAGAGAGAAAAGAAGUGCCUAUUUAUAGUUUAUUAUUUGAUUUUAUGUUGAUUACAGUCCAUGUUUUAUCAGUGACAUGACA